AAAUGAAAUGGUCGCUCAUUUGUAUUAAGAAUUGUGCCAAUCGUUAUCGGGAAUGCCGCCAUAUUCAUAAUCGACGGGGUUCCCCCAAAACGAGGACUCAAAUUGGGGGCCGGCAAUAUAUUCAUGAGGUUGUACAAAAGCGGGGCUGCUGUGCAAACACCUUCGCCAUGGACAAGAAAGACAAGAAAGAAAGAAAGUCCAAGUGCUCAACUCCUUGCAAGGAGACGUUCGAACCACUUCGCGUCGACGUCAAAACGACAGCAACCGCAGUUCUCCUGCUGAGCUCGCCCGAAGAGGACAUUGUAGUCACAGCAUGUGAAGCAAUCUUCGACUUUGCAGAGGAAGAUGCGAACAAGGUUUAUCUCAUGGAACUGGGAGCAUUGCAGCGCCUCGCUCAACUCAUCGCGCACACCAACGAGCUGGUCAGGCGCAAUGCAUUUAUGAUUUUGGGCGCCGUGGCUUCCCACAGUGCCGUAGGGAAUGCCCUACAACAAAUGGAUGUCAUUCCACCGAUGAUUGAUAAACUCUCCCUCGACGAUUCGGUUAUUCAAGAGUAUGGAACGCUGUGCCUAUCCUAUCUGUCCCUGGCUCCCAGUUGUAAGGUUCAGAUCUUUGACAACAAAGGCCUGCCGGCAUUAAUCAAGCUACUUUCCAGUUCAGAACCAGAUGUUCAGAAGAACUCUCUGGAGACCAUAUACAACUUGAUUCAAAACAGUCAAUUCUGCCCGCAUUUACUCGAGUUGGGCGGGAUCCCUUCCCUUCUGGAGCUGCUUAAUUCCGACUACGCUGUCAUUCAGCAGUUGGCUUUGAAAACAUUGCAGAAAGUCACGGCUGAUAAAGAGUCACACAGCGCGAUAAGGAAAGAGCAGGGAUUUGAUAAGCUCAUCAGUAUCAUCAAAAAUGUGGAUUUCUGCGACCUCCAUGUUGAGGCUUUGCAGGUUCUUGUUAAUUGUGUGAGUGACAGUGACAAUUUCCAUCUGGUACGGAAUGGAGGAGGACUCGCUACACUGUUGGAGCUUGUUGUUGCCCGUAAAUUGUCUGAAACCGGGUCACCUGUAAAAUGCAAUACUAAUGAGGUCCAGUCCAGGGCUGUUGAAUGCAUCUCCACAGCUGCUCAGAACUCUGACAAUCACAAAGUUCUCCAUGAUUUCAAAGUGGAGGAAAUUCUGGUUGAUCUUCUCUCUGGGAACAGCGAUUGUGUGAAAACAUUUGUUUGCCAAGCUAUGGCCGGGAUGAGCUCCUUCCUAUCCAGCAAAGAACGCUUUAGAGAUUUAGGCGGUUUGCCUGCUUUGACACGUUUACUGAGCAGUGGGAAUUUGCUGGUGAGAGGGGAAGCAAUGCAGGCCCUCGCCGACCUUACAGCUGGACACAAGCAAAACUCUAUGACAAUAUAUGAAGAAGGAGGACACAAAAUCCUUGUGCAGCGUCUCCGUGACAGCUGUCCCAGAAUAGUGGCCAAUGCUGCAGCCAUACUUUGCAGGAUAGCGGGUGAGGAAGCCAUUCGAUGUGACGUGUUAUCUCUGGGGGCCGUACCUGCGCUGGUGGAGCCCUUAAGAUCAACAGACUCUCAGGUCCUGAUCAAUGCUACGUUGUGCAUCUGUGAACUGGCGUUUGACGCCAGUGCCAGGGCAGAGCUGCAGAGCGCUGGUGGUCUUGAACCAUUGGUCAAUUUGCUGCGUUCCACUCACAUGGAGGUGUUGCGUUCCGCAUGCAUGGCAAUCAGCGUUUGUGCCAAGGAUGAGCCCACCUCUAUGGAGAUGUGCAAAUUUGGUGCCCUGGAAAUGCUUAAUGAAAUCAACCAGGCAGACAAUAGUAAGAGCAGAUUCAGCGAGUUUGCGCUAAACAGUCUAAUGCAAUCCAGCCCGUCUCUCAAAUAUGGCUUGACAGAUCAUUUGGCCACAACUGAUACCCUCACUGACGGCUUCUACGAUGCUGGGAAGUUAUGUUUUGGGCAGAAAGUUUUGACUUUAGCGGAACUUUCCAUGGAGCCAGUGAACCAACGCCUGCCUAUCGUGGUUGUAAAUGCAGCAAUCGAGGUCUUUCUACAUCAGAAGAGUGUGGAGGAAGGGUACCAAACCGAGAGAUACUGGAAGGUGAUCAAUGAUGUCGCUCUGAGGUUUUUAGUUAAAGAGGUCAAAGAAUCCAUCGCCCUUUUGAAUGAUGAACAGGAACAAUAUGUCGCCUUGGCCAGGCAAGUCAGCGACGUCAUGGGUGGAGCAAUUGAGAAAGAAGAUUUGCACACGUUUGGAUGGCUCCUUCACAUCUGCCUGCUCAAAUGUAAAGUGCAGUGUAACGUGGUCCCGAUUGGCAUGAUCAGCAAGGGAUUCUACUGCCACAGGGCACUUCUUUUCAAGUACUUGGCUGAUUGCAUUGGCCUGAGUUGUACUCUGGUGAGAGGUGACUACAAUCGAGCUUGGAACGAAGUACUCCUGCGCAAUGAACACUCUUCGCUGCCGUGCCGCUACAUUGUGGACCUCAUGCACCAGCCCGGAAGCUUCCUGAGAACCCGUACCCCUGCCGCAUUUCGCUAUCACAGUAUAUAGAGCGAAAUAUGGAUUUUAGAAGUACUGUCGGAUGUAUUGCGUUAGCCAUUUUUUUUCCUUUUCUUUUACUGGAACUGCAGUAAGCCCCGUGUGUAAUAGCAUUUUCUAAGCAGGCGCAUGACAAGAUCUAUAAAAUCAAGACUCAAUAACAAGAUAUGAUUGAUGUAUUAGCUACAGCAUCUCGUAAAAUGAGAUGCUGUGAGUUGCCUAUGCUUAUGUAUUGUUUUUCCGUGAAACCAGGAAACGCUGUUAUUCAAUUUUGUUUUUUGGAGAUAAGCAUUCUCAAAUCAGGUGUUGUGUAAUCUGGGCCAAGGUUUGUUACACAAAAAUUGGGUAGUCAAACUAGUGUAAAAUACUACCGACAGUACCACACAUUUGCAUAACAAUUUUGAUUAUAUAAAGGUUUAUAUUGCUAAAAUGCUAAAAUCACUCCCCAAAACCCCUCCGAAAAAAUACAAAUAAAAAAAUAUGUUGAAAAAUGUAUCACGGUAAACUUUCAGAAUCUACAGUAGGCCCAGUGGAUUCAAAAUGCCAGCGAGAGAAAUCGAAGCAUGACAACUAUUGCAUUGUAAGAAUGUACUUUUUGUUUUUCUAGGGUGCCCAAACAUGUUGGCAAAGUGUAAAUCUAUAAAGCACUUUGUGUCGUAGCCAAGAAUGAUUUUUUUCCCCCCCAGCUACUUCACCUGCUACUACAAAGCAAAUUUGAGCAUACAAUUAUCAUGAAGGAUAUAAAUAGAAAAUAUCGUGAAUAAGUACAGUCCAGAAAACGGGGCCUAUUACCAAAGGUCAUACAGAGAAUCUGAACUGUCAGUUAUGUCUUUCUGCCAGUCGUCACCAUAUUUAAAAUGUUGUCUGUCCCUGAACCUGCUCCAUUGGCUUUGGACAUUGGCCAGCAAUUAAAAGUAGUGAAUCUCGUCCAUUUUGAC